CUGGACCAUUUGUCAGGACUACUCGUGAGACGGAGAAAAAAAAAAGAGAGAGGGAGAAUUUGGGGAUCCUUAAGAAAAGUCGUGGGAUUACACAACAGUUGUGAAGGCCACCAGACAGCUGUCUUUCAUCAUCACCACAAGAUUAGCAAAAAGAAAUCAUGACGGAAUCUGCUUCUAGCACAAGUGGUCAAGAGUUUGAUGUCUUCAGUGUUAUGGACUGGAAAGAUGGAGUUGGUACCUUACCAGGAAGUGACUUAAAGUUUCGGGUAAAUGAGUUUGGAGCUCUGGAAGUUAUUACAGAUGAAAGUGAGAUGGAGAGUGUUAAGAAAGCAACUGCCACCACCACUUGGAUGGUACCAACUGCUCAAGAAGCCCCGACCUCUCCCCCGAGCUCCAGGCCCGUAUUUCCACCUGCCUACUGGACAUCUCCACCUGGAUGUCCCACAGUCUUUUCAGAGAAGACUGGAGUACCAUUCAGGUUGAAGGAUCCAAUGAAAGAAGGGCUUCCGUUCUGUGAGAACUGUUGUCAGUAUGGCAGUGUAGAUGAGUGCCUUUCUACAGGAAACUGUUGCAGCCACAGUUGUUCUCGACAUUCCAAGGACAAAGACCAGAAGGAAGAGAGGGACGCAGUUGAUGACAACGAGGAGGAGGAUCCGAAAUGCAGUCGGAAGAAAAAGCCAAAAUUAACUCUGAAAGCUGAUGCCAAGGAAGAUGGAGAAGAGCGAGAUGAUGACAUGGAGAGCAAACAAGAUGGAAGGAUCCUGAGGGGUUCCCAGAGAGCCCGAAGGAAAAGACGAGGCGAUCCCGCUGUCUUAAAGCAGGGUUUGCCGCCUAAAGGCAAGAAAGCCUGGUGCUGGGCCUCGUACCUGGAGGAGGAAAGAGCCGUGGCGGUGCCUGCGAAGCUGUUCAAAGAGCACCAGUCCUUUCCAUAUAACAAAAAUGGGUUCAAGGUUGGCAUGAAGUUAGAAGGUGUGGACCCUGAGCAUCAGUCUGUGUACUGUGUCCUCACUGUGGCCGAGGUUUGUGGCUACCGGAUAAAACUUCACUUUGAUGGAUAUUCUGAUUGCUAUGACUUCUGGGUAAAUGCAGAUGCUCUGGAUAUCCACCCAGUUGGGUGGUGUGAGAAAACUGGCCAUAAACUCCAUCCUCCCAAAGGAUAUAAAGAAGAAGAAUUUAAUUGGCAGACCUAUCUUAAGACAUGCAAAGCCCAGGCUGCUCCCAAGUCAUUAUUUGAAAAUCAGAAUAUAACGGUGAUCCCAUCAGGCUUUCGAGUUGGAAUGAAGCUUGAGGCUGUAGACAAAAAGAAUCCUGCAUUCAUCUGUGUUGCUACGGUAACAGAUAUGGUGGACAAUCGUUUCCUGGUGCAUUUUGACAACUGGGAUGAGAGCUAUGACUAUUGGUGUGAAGCAUCUAGCCCUCACAUCCAUCCAGUGGGUUGGUGUAAAGAACACAGGAGAACGCUCAUCACCCCACCAGGUUAUCCAAAUGCUAAACACUUUUCUUGGGAUAAAUACUUAGAAGAAACCAAUUCUUUACCUGCUCCUGCAAGAGCUUUCAAAGUGAGACCUGCGCAUGGAUUCCAGAAAAAAAUGAAGCUUGAGGUGGUAGACAAAAGAAACCCUAUGUUUAUCAGAGUAGCAACUGUAGCAGACACAGAUGAUCACCGGAUCAAGGUUCACUUUGAUGGCUGGAGUGCUUGCUAUGACUACUGGAUCGAUGCAGAUUCUUCUGACAUUCAUCCCGUGGGCUGGUGCUCUAAAACAGGACAUCCUCUUCAGCCUCCCCUGAGCCCCAUAGAGUUAAUGGAACCUUCAGAAGAUGGGGGAUGUACAAUCCUAGGAUGUAAAGGAAUUGGCCAUUUUAAGAGAGCUAAGCCUCUGGGCCUGCAAAGUACCUCCAACUGUCCCUAUUCAGAAAUCAACUUGAAUAAAGAGCGCAUUUUCCCAGACCGCCUAAGUGGGGAGGUGCCUUCAGCUAAUCCAUCAUUUCCAAGAGAGAAAAGGACAGACACAAAUGAAAGUUCCUCAUCUCCAGAAACCAGAGAACACCAUGCUGAUGACAUCAGAGAAGAUUUUGAAGAAAGAACAGAAAGUGAAACGAGGCCGUCACAGGAAACCAGAGGUGCCCGGGAAGAACCUACUGUCCAGCAGGCUCAGCGUCGAUCAGCUGUCUUUCUGUCCUUUAAGUCCCCAAUUCCAUGUCUGCCCUUGCGCUGGGAGCAGCAGAGCAAACUUCUUCCCACUGUUGCCGGAAUCCCUGCUAGUAGAGUCUCAAAGUGGAGCACAGAUGAGGUGUCAGAAUUCAUUCAGAGCUUACCUGGGUGUGAAGAACAUGGAAAGGUGUUUAAAGAUGAACAAAUUGAUGGCGAAGCAUUUUUACUUAUGACCCAAACGGACAUUGUUAAAAUUAUGAGCAUUAAACUGGGCCCGGCUCUUAAAAUUUUCAACUCUAUCCUGAUGUUCAAAGCCGCAGAGAAGAACUCUCACAACGAACUCUGAAGAGGCGGGCGCUGAGGAGUGUCUUCUCUCGGCGGUCAAGCUUAUCGUUUAAUUCAAAGCACAAGAUGGUCAUCACUCCCAAGCGAGAGGUCUCCAACUCAGAAGAGCAGCACUAUGGGAUUAUUUAUAUUCCUCAAGAGACAGUAUGUCUGAAUUCUCACAAGAGUGCUUGAGCUUUUUACCAGGUACUGUCUGACAACAGUCAUCUUUUGGUUCUGUUCACUGAGCUAAACUUAUCUUUGUAAAUCUUUUUGAGGCGGGAGGGUUGGGGAAAGGGAGGACUUCAUUAAUUAUUUAUGGAUGGGGGCAGAAUAAGAACUUUUGGCAUUUUGUAAACAUUGUUGAACUCUAUUUCAUGUACACUUUGUUUUUCAAUACUUUAAGAAACCUUUUUAUAUAAUUGAAUUUCAACUGAAACCAAAUUAGUCAAAAGCUGGCUAGGUUUAGCCGGUGGACCGCUAAUCUGUAUUAUUCAUUCGUGCCAUAUUUUGAUUGCAGCAGUAUGCUAAGCGUAACUUUGCAAAUCACGAUAUUGCCUAACUGCUUGACAACAUUCGUUGGGCCUGACCAGUUGUACAUAUUAUCUUUCUUUGAAUCAGUGUUUUUACUUUUGCACGCAUUAUGAAAUGUUAAGCAAAUUACCUUUCACCAGCAUCUUUACUAUAAUUACCAAAAACAUGUAUAUAGAAGAAUGAAAUUGAAAAAUAAAAUAUAUAAACCUAAAUAAA